GGGAGGGGAAGAGGGAGGCGGGGGAGCCGGCCAUGCGGGGCCGCAGGUGAGGCGCGGAGCCGGCAGCCCGGAGCGCUCCAUGGCCGGCGGCUCGGGGUGAAUGAGGCAGGCGAGGCGGGCAUGGCGGGCGUCAGCUACUCGCCGCCCUGGUGGGUGAGCCUGCUGCACCGCCUGCCGCACCUCAGCCUGCGCUGGGAGCUCACCGCCGCAGACUUCCGCCCGGACGACGCCGAGUACCAGCAGGCCCUGCUGCUGCUGGGUGGCGUGGCGCUCUCCUGCCUGGCUCUGGACCUGCUCUUCCUCUUGUUCUACUCCUUCUGGCUCUGCUGCCGCCACCGAAAGAGCGAAGAACACUUGAAUGCUGACUGCUGCUGUACAGCAUGGUGUGUCAUCAUCGCCACCCUGGUGUGCAGUGCUGGAAUUGCUGUUGGCUUCUAUGGGAAUGGAGAGACAAGUGAUGGCAUCCACCGGCUGACGUACUCCUUACGCCAUGCAAACCGCACUGUGGCUGGUGUCCAAGACAGGGUACUAGAUAUCACAGUGGCCCUGAACCAAACAGCAGAGCCAAAUUUGCUCAUCCUGGAGGAGAUGUUUGCAAAGCAGACAGACCACUUGCAUGUUAUCCAGAAACUGCAAAGGUUCUUGGAUGAUUUGGUCAGGCAAACAACUGAGAUCCCCUUCUGGAAGAAUGAAGAGCUGUCUCUGGAGGAGUUGGCGAUUCAGAUUGACCUCUAUGACUGGUACAGGUGGCUGGGAUACCUGGGCCUGCUCCUGUUCCAUGUUCUGAUAUGUUUGUUGGUGCUCUUUGGGCUCAUCAGAAACUCCAGGGCCAUUCUUAUGGGGGUGUGCUUGCUUGGGGUGUUUGCCCUGAUUGUCAGCUGGGGGUCCUUGGGUCUGGAGCUGGCUGUUGCUGUGGGCUCCAGUGACUUCUGUAUCAACCCGGAUGCUUACAUCUCCAAAGUGGUUGAAGAAAAUGCAGUCCUUAGUGCUGAUACUCUCCGCUAUUACAUCACCUGUAGCGCUGGAUAUCCCAACCCUUUCCAGCAGAAGCUGUCGGGAAGUCACAAGGCUCUGGUGGAAAUGCAAGAUCAUGUUAUGGAGCUCAUGAGGUCAACAAGCAGAGAGCAGCCCACCUCCAAGGACUAUCUCAUGCGGAUCCAGGAGGUUCUAAACUCAACAGAGAUAAACUUGCAGCAACUGACAGCUUUAGUAGACUGUCGGAGUCUGCAUUUGGAUUACGUCCAGGCUUUGACGGGCUUUUGCUAUGAUGGAGUGGAAGGCCUCAUCUACCUGGUUCUCUUCUCCUUUGUCACAGCCCUCAUGUUCAGUUCCAUUGUGUGCAGUGUCCCACACACUUGGCAGCAAAAGAGAAGCUCAGAUGAUGAUGGGGAAGAAGAAUCAGCUGCUCAGGGGAGCAGACAGACACACGAUAAUCUUUACAGAGUGCACAUGCCCAGCCUCUAUAGCUGUGGGAGUAGUUAUGGCAGUGAGACCAGCAUUCCAGCAGCAGCACACACAGUCAGCAAUGCUCCCGUCACAGAGUACAUGAGCCAGAAUGCAAAUUUCCAGAACCCCCGUUGCGAGAAUACCCCGCUCAUUGGCCGGGAGUCCCCACCUCCCUCAUUGUAUUUGGCUGCCAUGGACAGUAGCAGCCAUAUGAGCUGGCAGCUUAAGCCCUCGGACAGUGCACGGACAUACUGGUAACAGCGCCCGCAAAUGGAACAGUACACCUCCAGCAUGAGAGCCAAAUACCUCGCCACCAACCAACCUCGUCCAGAUGCUGGCAGUGUGCAUUAAGAUGCAAAAGCAAAAAAGAAAAAGCAAAAGAAAAAGAAAAACAGCAACACGAUAAAAACCAACAAAAAACAACAGCAACAAAAACCCACAUGUGCAGUCAGACAAAACAACGUGCCAACUGCUGUGCCCCUGUGCUGUCCUCGUAGAACAAUCCUGCUGUUCUGCCCCAAAUCCAGUGCAGCUCCUUCUGUUUCUCCAGCUCGGAACACCCCUCCAACCUCGUACCUGCCCACCGGAGUGGAAGCCCCUUUUGAAUUCAAGCCUUCACUUUGUUGUACCUGAUGUACAAGAGAGAGCAAGCGUGUGAGGGCAAAGCGGCUGAGAGAUUACCUGCCUGCCCUGGGCUCCGCCUGCCUGGGGCCAGCUUUGUUGGAGUAACCUGGUAGAAAACAUUGGGGAAUAUCUUCUGCCCGCAUUUUUUUCUCCUUCAGUUCCCCACAGGGAUGUGGUGAAAGAUGGCGGUAGAUCUUCUGCUGAGGGAUCAGCAGAGCUGCUCAGUCUGUCACAUGCUGAAGAGGCAGAGGCUCGGUGGCUGUGACAACGUGCAACCAGGGGAAGCUGAGUUGAUGCGCAACACGGCAUGGUGGUGGGAGUCCCCUGGUCCAGUGCCCUGUGUGGGGGAAGGGAACCCCCUGCCUCUCGAUGUCACUGCAUAUCCACUGUAAUUUGGGAGCCUGUGGUCCUGUUCUAGGAAAAAAAACCCACUCCACUACCCUGAUAACACCUUUUUUAAACCACUAAGAAAAUGCCUUUUUCUUUCCCACUGUAGCUAGCAUGUGAAUUCUCGAGGAGGAGCAGAGGAUCCCAGCACCAUUUAACUUCCCUGUCCAUUGCUCUGAACCUGACCUCUCUGCUCCAUCAGGGAAGCCCAGGUACUUGCAGAUGGCAUUCUGCAGCAGGGUGCUGCCUUUAUCAGGCUGACACAGAUCAAACCAGAGCCAGCCACCACCCACUUGGUGCCAAACUUUUCCAGGAAAAGACUUUGUGGUGGGGAUUUUUGCACUAAAGAGUUUCAGCUCUCUGAUGCUAAGUCUUAUGGGACAGUCAGCUUGUGAAAACAAGAGGGGCUACAAGCACCGAUGGAUUUAGAGUAAACGCAAGCUCUCCCUGCAGGAGUGACCUGUGAACUCUGCUGGACUUUCUUCUUGUUUUCUUUUUUUUUUUUAUCACCAUUUACAGCACAGGGUUGCUGAACUGGCACUGACAGAGGUUUUUUGGAGCCUCAAUCCUAACAAACUCACAAGAUCAUCAGUAUAUCCUCUGUGCUUCAGAAACAGAAGCCCAAACGCCAUCUGGAUAACGUCGUGACUGUCAGAACAUUUUUAUUCUCUUUGUUUUUGUUUUUCAAGGCACAUUGCUAACCUCUAUCUGACCGUAUUAAGGCACAUGUAGGCAUUUUUCUAGCUACGAGGCAGAACAAAGCUUGCAAAAGGGCAGCUGGGUGCCUGCAAAGGGCAACAUCCUCCACUGGUGCUGUACUUCCCACUGAAGAGCAGUGCUCCAACAGGCACUGGCAGCUUCCUACUGGAAGAGGAGUCUGCCUCAUGAGGGGCUGGUAGUACUGUAGAGUAAUGGCCUUCCAGCAGGGAAACUAUGAUGUUCCUUCGUGGUUUCUUUUGUUUGUUUUACCUCUGAGCAGGGGCAUCUUAGUGCAGCUGCUGAGCGUGGCAUGAAGUAACUGGCAGAAGAAACGGAGUGGGAAAUAUCCCUCAAACUGGAGCUGAGCCAUUGGCAGAGGCAGUUCAUCUUCACCUCCGUAACGUUCAGACUCAGGGUCUGUUGAUCCCACGUUUGCUGUACGAGGCGCAAAAUCUACCGAUCUGCCUUUCCUCAAGUCAGUUGCCUUCUUGCAGUGAGGUAAGAAUUGCUCCUCGCAGGUAGCUGAGAUGAUGGCAUUUGCUGUGAAUGGGGACCAGCUGUGUGCAAAGCGAGCUUUGUGCUCCUCACAAGGAGAUAAACCACUAACAGACUGAAAAAGAUACAGGCCAGCUUUUACCCUUGAAAGGGAUGAGAAAGAAAGGGAAGAAGAGGCAUCACAGGAUGAGAUUUGGGAGAAAACUUCACCGUAAAUCUCUGGAAGCAGGAUUUUCUUGCUCAGGACUGAGUAGGCCUUUCAGACACGUUUGAUGGGCUUCACACAUACCUCGGUGUUAUCAAAUAACAAGGGCAGGGAGAGUGCUGCAGGGUGUAUGGGGGGACACUGUGGCUCACGAGUACCAGAUUUUCCAACCUGUCCUAAAGCCUACCAGAAAACCCAAGGAGUAGAGCAUGUGGCAUGCUUAACUUGCAGGGUCCAAAGUGUGGAAUUGCUAUCCGGGGGCAGCAGAACCUUCCCCUUUCUUGGAAGAAAGAAGCAAGAUGUAUACAAUCUUAAUUAAGGCCAAAUUGUUCUGUCCCUGCAAGCAUGUGUCCAGAUUGCUACUUAGGCUAUCAUUUCUAGGGGGGCUGCCCUAAAUCUGUGGCCUGAUCCUACUCCCUGAAGGCAAACGUUCUGGAAGCUGGAGGGCGUGGGGAGCCCUGUGAAGACAGGUGCUUCUGUAUAUUGCCUCUGCCGUGUACAGAAUGCAUCUGGAACGGUGUGUGACUGCACUUUGGGAGGGGCUGCAUCUGAGUUGUCACAGUGGCACUGCCUGCCGCAGCAGGGGUAAUGGGGAAGCCUGUGCCUCUUGUUUGCAGCAUCUGAUGCAGCAGCCACCUUGACUUGCUUCUUUCCAAGGUUCGGCACAGCCACCCUUACCACCCACAACAACUUCUGACAACUCUUGGGGCUUGCAGCAAGGCACAGAUGUGGAGAUAUGCGCUCUCUGACUUCAAAAUAUAACUGGAAAGAAUGUUUUGGAGAUGACAUUUUGCUCUCCGGAGGCCAGCAUAACAUGACUGCAGUGUGAGCUGUGUACUUUUGUCCAGCCAGCACUUCCUUUACUUGACAUGGAUAUUGCACUUUUGUAAAGCAUCCUGGAACUCUGCUGCCCCGCUGCAUGCUGUGCAGAGCGCUGGAUAGGAAACACAGACAAAUGGUUUGGUUUUCCUUUAGUAUUGUUAUUACUUUUUCUUUUUUUCUUCUUUUUUUUUGUUUUUUUUUCUUCUUUUUUUGUUUUUUACUGGAACCUUGAGCAACAGCAUGGCAUUUCUGCAGGCUGGUCUGAGUAGAUCUGCUGAAGAACAGAUGGCCUUUGCCUAUUCCUAUGGCUGCGACGCAAUCAGUCUCAUCCAUAUGGUCACAUUUUGUCUGAGGAGGGGACUCUCAGAAGCCAAGAUCUCCCAGACUCUGUGCCUCCCUCUCGAGCGAACAGCAGGUGCUAUCUGGCAAAGACUCAUCUGUUCUAGAUGGCAUUCAUGGUCGAGGGAGCCCAAACUCUUCGAGCUGUAGGAGGGAAAGCUGUAGAGAUUUCUCUCUCUUCCAUUGCGUGUCCUUGUUCUUAAUGUGACAAAAAUGCCCAGGCCAUAUCGCUUGGUGUGUCCCAGCUGACCUUAUCAGAACAUUUAUCAUGUUACUGGUUGCUGACAAAGGGGUCCAGAAUUCAGGGGAGCUGAGAUUGGCCUCUGGACACCUCACUGACUGCGGAAGGAGGGAGGCUCGUCCAGCUGGAGGCGACUGCAUCGCUGAAGGCACUUCAUGUUACUUUUUCAGAAGCACAAAUGUGGUCAUUGGCUUGUCUGGUUGGCUUGGUUUAUUUCCACCACAUCAUCACGUGUGAAUGACUUUUUCUUUUGAAACUGAGAACUCUUCCAAGCACACGAACAUCUCCACAAUGUGAAAUGUAAAUAGCAUGUUGGACUCUCGUGUCCAGUGUUCAAGACUGCAUUGUAAUUGUAAAGGAAAUCGAAUCAAGACUUGGCUGUGAAUUUCUUGUGCUGUCUUGGGAAUAUAACUGUAGUGUUUGUAUCCUGUAUGUAUUAUUAAACUGAGUUCAUUUUAUGUGCUGAUAAAAGGGUUCAAGCUAAGGUUUUUAGCGUGCAUCCAUGUAUCCAAAUGUGAAGGAUGGAGUGCUCCCUUCCCCUCCUGUCCUUUUUAAGUUUUCUCCAUUUGAUAGCUGUUAAUUUUCCGUGUACAGUCAUCUCAGCCAAGAUGCAAGGAUGUUCAUGUGAGUGCUUUGAGGAGGACGCAGUGCAUGAGGAUUUCAAUGAUUCCUAAGUCAGGAUUUCCAUAGCUGUUCCCUAAAAAAUAUGUUGUGUUCACACGAAAAGUUUGGCCUUUCUGAGAGUAAAUGCUUACUCAGGGGGCUGCUUAGCCAUCGCUCAUGAGAACUCUGGGUGCUGCCAGGUGUUAGCAGGCAGGAGUGAGUGGGUACCUAUAUGAGCAAGGUACAGAUCCCCAUAUGGAUAAAUCCAUGUUUAACUUCUGGUCCUAUCAUUUCCUUCUAGCAGCAGCAGAAAUCACGCGCUGAGCCCUCUGAAGAGGAGGGAAGUGUUGUGGCUUGUUGGUUGUAGCCACCCUGCCUGACACAGGCUUGGGUUAGGUGGGUUUCUCCUUAGGUGGGGAGGGGUCUUUGCAGCACUUCCUACACAGGGAGCAAGGAGAAGCCAACAUCUUCCCCCCGAAACCAGUCAGUGUAACCCACUGAACAUCUUGGGCUGGGAGGGGAAAAGCCCUCUGGCAGAUUCUGAGGAGUAGAUCUCACACCUUGAGAGAUGGGGCCUGGCAGGGCUGAGACUGUCCUCUAACCAGGUGGGUUCUGCUAGCACCAACUGCUCUCCUUUUCCAGAAGUGAUGGGGGGUGUGGGAGUGGUGGGAGCUACAGGUGGCUUCUCCACUCCUUCCAAGAGGUCCAGCAGAAGCAUCAGCUGUGUUGGUGGCAGUGCCUGGAUGGCUAAUGAGCAGUCUGUGCUUUGGGGGGAACGGUGUGGUCCCCGGCUGAGCCCCCCCGGUGAGCAUUGCCCAAGAGAAGGGCUGUCAUGGAGCCUGGAGCUCCCCGGUGCUCUCCCGGCCCCAAAGCAGAACAUAAAAGGCCAUGCAACCAGAACGUUCCAAACACUCCUUUCCAGAAGAGGAGAACUGUAGCAUGAAGCUCUUAGGUGCUCUGCGUAUUCGAUACCACAUCGCUCCUCGCUAUGCAAUUCCAAACUCCUUCCUUCCUCUUCCUCCUCCAAUCUCACACGGAGACUUCUCCAGCAGCCUCUGCCCCGGGGGGGGCCCUGGGCUCCCCAAACAGCUUCGUUCCAUUUGUUGUCCUCCACGUCGGGUCCGGGUGCUCCGCUGCUGCAUCGCGUGCCUCAGGUCCCUUAGUAGUGGGCAGCCCCACGAGUCGUAGUCGCAUCAUUCAGAGGGCAGUUCUUUUCUUGGACACUGUGCACAGAAACCUAAAGACGAACACGUUCCUGGCCUUUUUGUAACUUUUCUGUUUUUCUUCUUAACCAUAAUGGUUGUAUAUCACACCACUUUAUAUACAUAUAUAAUAUAUAAAUAUAUAUAAUUUUUUUUUUUUUAAACUUUGGACCUGCUAGUUCCUUUGGAGUGUUCCUGCACUUACCCAAAAUGUUUUUAAAUUGUGAGGGUUAAAGAGGAUUGAGCCCAUUUUUGUAUCUUUACUUUUAAUUCUGUAGUUCUAUUGAUUGUAAUGUAGCUAUUUUUUACUGUAACUUUUUGGUUUGCAAAUACUAAAAAAAAAAAAAAAAAACAAAAAAACAACCCUAAAUGUAAUUUCUGUGGUUUCUAUUCAGCUUGGGUUUCAUGUUUUAAAAAUAAACGAUAUAAAACCAC